UGUACUACCAGGUUCCUGAAGAGGUUUGAAGAUCUCCUUGGAUGGGCCAGAAUGAGAAUCAAACCCUCAAAGUCUCGCAGUCUCUCAAUCCGGAAGGGGGUGAGGAAUGACCACAUCUCUUUCACAGUGAAUGGAGAAAGAAUUCCAUUGUUGGCUGAGCAACCAGUGCGAAGCUUGGGAAGACUGUAUACGGCGGAGCUGUCUGACAACCACAUGCCGGCCACCAUUAUGCUCCAGCUUAGGGACGGACUGGAGAGGAUUGACAAAAGCCACCUCCCAGGGAAAUUCAAAGUGUGGUGCUACCAAUUCAUCCUCUAUCCACGCUUGAUGUGGCCCCUGAAGUUGUGUGAGAUUACAUCAUCCACAGUAGCAAAGAUGGAUGCCAAAGCAAACAAUUUCAUCCGUAAGUGGCUUGGAUUACCUCGAAGUCUGUCCAACACAGGCCUUUUUGGGAGAAACACACUCCAGCUGCCACUGAAGCCCAUCAGCCUAGGCUACAGACAGGAGAAGACAAGGCUUGUGCUUGAGCUGAGAGACUCAACCGACCCUUUUGUAAGAAACACCAAGGCUCCUGUCCGAACCGGAAGCAAAUGGAAGGCAGAAGAGGCUGUUGACCAGGCCAUCAGCAAGUUUAAGCACAACGAAAUCGUGGGAAAGACGCAGUCCGGCAGAGCUGGGUUAGGCUGGGGAACAGCCCCCAAGUUCUGGUCGAAAGCCACAAAAAAUGAGAGAAAAGAGAUGGUAAUUGCAGAGGUGACCAGGAGCGAGGAAAACCAGUACAAGAUUAAAGCACUCAGCCAGCCACAACAAGGGAAGGCGUGGUCAAUACGACCAUAG